AUGUCUUCCUCCGAACCCGCCCCGGUAUCCUCAACCCCCGAAAAUGCGACCCCCGAGUUGGAUGUCCCUAAGCUCCAUGCGCUCCCCUCCGAACAGCAGGACCUCUACUUGCUCACGUUCACCUCCGAUCUAGUGCAAUUUAUAUCCGGUCUCGAUGCACAGCAGGUCUCAGCGCAGCAAAAGUCCCUCAAGAAGGAAUUGUUCAAGAUUCUGACUCUUACCUCCCCCGCCAUCACGCGAGUCCUCCGCAACAACCUGGGACGAUGUUUCGGCGCAAUCCUGACGAAAGGGGAUCGUGGGAUCCUCUUCGAGACGAUUACAGAUCUGCUCGGGGUAAUAAAUGCGAGCAAGAGCGAGGCAGAUAUCAAGACCAAGUUCGCUGCGGCGCAUUGUUUGGGCGAGGUCUUUGCGACGGCUGGUGAGAGUGCAUUCAUGCAGUCCAACAUCGCUGUAUCUAGCACAAUUAAGCUGCUCAAAUCGGCCAAUAACCAUACGGGCUUCCGUGGAGUUAUAUUCGCUGUGCUGCGCAAGGUUGUUGUGGGCAUUGGUGUGCCGAUUGAUGAGGCCACCGCGCGGGACAUUUGGAAACAGGCGCGCAGUGCCGCGACCAGUGACAAGUCCACUUUUGUGCAGGUUCACGCUUGUCGUUGUAUCGAACAGCUGAUCAAUAUGACGCCUUUCUUUGAUAAUACAAAUGACUUUGACAACCUCAAGACAGCCAUGUGGAAGGUCAUUGACAGCCCCAUUGCGCCGGUCAGGCAUGCUGCGGCUGCUUGUCUUGGCCGCGCCUUGGUCAAGCUGCAUGCAGCAGAUUCACCUAUUAUGGCAGCCCCGAAGCCUAAGCCGAAGAAGUCCAAGAGGAUGUCUAAGAAGCCGAAUGCUCGCCCGGGAGAAGAGGAAGAUGAUGAGAUGUCCGAGUCCUCUGUUGCAAACGCCCCCGGAGCAUCCAAGAAGACCGAAUCGCGGUUGUUUUUUCUCCUUCCGGACUUGCUGCGACAAUUGUCUUCUCAAUAUCUGAAGAGCACAACCUCAAACCGCUCGCGCGCCGGAAUCUGCGUAUGCUACAAAUAUGUCCUGCGCAACUUGGGGGAUAAAGUUGUUGAGGAACGAUAUGGGCAGAUUGCGACAAACCUGCUUGUGGAAUUGAUGAACCACCCGACGGUCACAUACAAUCGAUUCCGCCUUCUGAUGACUCGGAAGUUUGUCAAAUCUAUCCUCGAGGACACUAUCGGCCGUGAAUUGUUGCGAGAGAACAGCCAACUGAACGCCGCCAGAUGGAUCAUCAACGAAAUUCUCAGGGACUAUCCGCAAGUCAUUCAGGAGCGUCGAGAGCCAAGCAAGUAUACCUUGACAAGUGCCGUCAGCGCUCUCUCAUCUUUGAUUUCGUCGCUUGGAUCUGCUUUCGGUGUCCACGCAGACAGCUGUAGAGAUGCCUUACUUCAAGUUCUCCCUCAUCCCAGCUAUACUGUCCAAGUCCACACCGCGCACUGCCUGCGCAGUUUCGUCCUUGCCUCCCCUCACCAGCUUUUGUCGUGUGUGACGAUCUGCAUGAACAGCUUGAACCGUGAGAUUGGUCAGCUUGCCACACCGCGGCAAUCACCUCGUCGAUGCGUCGGCUACGCCAAUGGACUUUCGGCGAUGCUCAGUACUUCUCGUCUGCAACCGCUUUACGGUGCCGUUGACGUGUUUGCCCGCGUCUUCUCACAGGCAACUGAUCUCCUAAAGACCAGCAGCACCUCCGAGCUACGUGUUGCAAGCACGCAAAUUCAAGUGGCAUGGAUCCUAAUUGGCGGUUUGAUGCCCCUCGGACCGAGUUUCGUUAAGAUUCAUCUUUCUCAAUUGAUGCUGCUUUGGAAAAAUGCCCUACCAAAGCACCUGAGCAAGGAGAAUUCUGCGGCGCCCGGUACUCUCGAGACAAGUUUCCUCACUCAUGUGAGAGAGUGCGCUCUGAGCUCUUUGUUGGUGUUCAUGGAGUUCAACAGCAAGCUCAUCACGGCAGAUGGUGCGAAAAGAAUAGCUACUAUGCUGCAGAACACUGUCGAAUUUUUGGAUGAUCUGCCGCGUCCCAAGUCCAUGGAGGACAUUUCGCAACGCCUUCAUCCUUCCUUGCAGCUGAAUGAUUUCAUCACUAUGGUUCGCCGCCGGGUUCUUCAAUGCUUCUCGAAGCUGGUGCAUGUUCACCACCCCAGUCACGGGGACAUCAUUUCCCAGUCCAGCCUGUUGAGUCUUGCUAUCUCUUCUUUUGCGGACCCGGAUGCGCAGUAUCGCCCACUAGAGAGCUCUAUCGCUGGCUCAGCUGGUCAGUUUGAAGGCCUAUGGGAACUUUGCGAUAACUACGGAUUCGGCGUCACUGGACUUGCCAGGGAAUACAUUCGUGCUGCGCAUUCUGGGUCGCAUGUGAAUGACAGCCCUGCCUGGUCUGCACUUGAGUCUGCGGAUAAACUUGUCGAUGAUGCUUUGACUUUCCCUAUUUGCGAAGCCAGUGAGCACGAUGCGGUUCUAUUGUACAGUCUACGUUCGGAGGAUACUCUCUCUGUUGAUCCGCCUGUCACCGGAGUUGUCAACUCGGCAAUUGAUCUCUUUGCUGUUGCCAUCGCUCUUCACUCGUCCAAGAUCCAGGAGAGUAGUGUGGAACAGAUUGCCUCAUUUCUCGCCUCUCCCAGCCUCCAGAGGAACCCUGGAAGAAAGGCAGCAUUGGCUGUGAACAUUUCUGUGGCACUUCUGCAUGCCCUGAAAGUUGCAGUCAAGGAGACAGACUUUGUGGCUGGCAAACUGAGCACCUCUACAGACAAGACUUUGCAGGAGCUCGUUCAGAAAUUCGUGAUUGACACUGACCCUAUCGUCCGUACUAUCGGCGUAGAGUCAUUGGGACGCCUUUGUGACAGCGCCGGAAAUAGCUGCACCAACACACAGGUCAAUUGGCUUGUCGAUACCAUUGUUGAAAAUCGCGAGCCAAAUGCUCGAGCUGGCUGCGCCGCUGCUUUGGGGUGUAUCCACUCGCAGAUCGGUGGCAUGGCAGCUGGCCUGCAUCUCAAAACAAUCGUUGGCGUGCUUAUGUCUCUUUGCAAUGAUCCUCAUCCUGUCGUUCAUUUCUGGGCUCUUGGUGGAUUGGAGAGAGUGGCCAAUUCAGCCGGGUUGACAUUCUCGCCAUUUGCUUCGAGCUCGCUUGGAAUGCUGGCUCAACUUUACAAUGCCGACACGCAUAAUGCGGAGGCGGCAGCAUUGGCUACUUCAAACAUUGAAAUGACCUUCUUAACACCCGUUGUCAUUAGUCGAUGCGUGGAUUCGCUCAUCAAUGUCCUUGGACCCGAUCUGCAGGAUGUUUCUAAGACCCGCAACCUUAUUCUUACACUACUCCGUCAGUUCCAGUUGGAGGAAAACCCUGCGUUGGUGACAGAAAGCUCCAAGUGUUUGGAUCAUUUCUCGCUUUAUGCCUCGAAAUAUGUAGAUUUCUCGGGAUACGUGAAACGACUACAGACAGAGCUUCGUGCGAGCAAUUCCUUGAUGCGUGACGUUGCUGUCCGCGGUCUCAGCAAUCUGAUGAAGAGAGACGCAGUAUCGGUAGUGCAUACUGCCAGUGAAACACUGGAAGAUGAUAUCUGGCUUGCGUUUGAUGAUGCUCCGGACAACAAGCCACUCAAGACAAUGAUCCAAGAGUGGAUGCAGCAGACUGCCCUCACAGAGACCGAACUAUGGAUUCAACGCUGCCAGAAAAUCAUGACCAAGACCCGCAACACAGUGGAACUUCCACCGUCCACCGCAGUUCAAGCUAACGCGGCAGAUAUUCCCGAUGACGAAGUUGCCGGAUUUGCAUCUGCUGUUGGUGGCGACGGUCAAGGCGACUCCGCCAACGAGGGUGUAGCUGGUCAGGAACUGCUCAAAUGGCAGACUCGCAAUUUUGCCAUGAGCUGCCUUUCAGAACUUCUGGCGACCGUCCAAGAAGCUAUUUUGCCAGACCAAAGCAUCCCGGCAGAACUGGCUCUGCAGUCUAAGGUUGGGGAUAUUGUCAGAAUGGCAUUCUCUGCUUCGACUGCGAAUGUGAUUGAGCUGCGUGUGUGGGGUCUCAAGAUCAUUGACCAAGUCUUGACUAUGUUUGGCAAGACCCCAGAUCCUGAUUUCGCGGAAGCUUCUCUGUUGGAGCAAUACCAGGCCCAGAUUGGGUCUGCUCUCACUCCUGCUUUUGCCGCGGACUCUUCGGCAGAGUUGGCUUCUGAAGCAAUCAACGUAUCGGCGACUUUCAUUGCCACGGGCAUCGUGACGAAUGUGGAUCGCAUGGGAAGAAUCCUGAAGUUGCUGGUUAUUGGGCUUGAAAACUUUGCGAAGAACCCUGCCACCACGGAGAUUGGUGAUUUGAAGGGCUUGAACUCGAACGCUCGAGUGAUGGUCAAACUAGCGCUGUUCUCUGCAUGGGCCAGACUGCAGAUUGCAAGCAUUGACCAUGAAUAUCUCAACCGGGUAGUUCAGCCCUAUCUCGCCAAGCUGACACCGCUUUGGCUUUCUUCUCUUCAAGAAUAUGCCCGACUGCGUUUCGAGCCGGACAUCUCGGGUGCUCUAGGUACGAGCACACUGAGCGGUGAUCUGGAUGAGGUUUAUGCUGCGUUGAACCGUGAGACGCUCUUGAAGUUCUACCAAGAUACCUGGCUCAACCUCGUUGAUGCAAUUGCCGGUCUGGUCGAGAAAGAUAUUGAUUUUGUCUUCGAUGCUUUGGAUGGCAAGCUCCAACUGACCGAGGAAUCCAGCGACCUUGAGAAGGAAGCGGAGAAAGAAAACUCUGGCAAAGAGCUUGCAAACAGCGAAGGAAAAGGAAAAGGAGACGACAUCAACUAUCGUGAAGAGCCGGUCGCAUUCUUUUUCGUCUUGUUUGGGCUUGCUUUCGAAUCCCUGGUCGAUCAAGCAACUACAACCUCUCAGCGGUUGGAGAUCCUCCAGGCUCUCAAGAGAAUUUUGAGACCGAUCAUUUCUGGAAACGCCAUUUACCAGGACGCCAUCUUCUCGGAGACUAUGGAUACUUUCGACCGCCUUGUUCUAACCGAGAACACUCCGAUCCAGACCGUUAUCGUUGAGAUCGCCCAGAACCUGUCCCUAGACCACCCAGCUGCCAAGAGUGAUCAGGAGCGAGGCGAUCAUCUGUCGGAUGACAUCGAGCAGCUCUUCGAGCUGACUCGAAGCAUUAUCCUUGUCCUUGCUGGGAUGCUUCCUAACCUGCGUGAAUCGACACCAUUGGCAAGAUUCAACGUGUCGUCGGAUGAUUCUCUGACGCUCAUUCGCCUGGCGCUCCGCUCACUCGUUGAUGUUGCAUCUGUGUUCCCUUCCAUCAUUCGAAAUGAUCUCCACGCUUGUAUCCUGCACAUCUUCACCACAAUCCUCGCAACUGGAACCUGCCAGACCCAAGUUGUGCCCCAGGCUCUGCCGAUCUUCCGACAGUUCGUCCACGGUAUAACUCAUACACCUGAAGUCCCCGAGGACAUCGAUGUGGUCGCCUUCCAGCUGCGCGGCUGCCUCACUCGGUUCCUUAAUAUCCUCACCAUCGCUCAACGACGGGAGUUGGAUUCUUCCAUGGCAUGUGCUAAGAAUACCCUCCUGGCCAUCACCUUCCUCUUGACGGCAGGUGGACAUGUCCUUCCUCCCCAGGACCCAGUCAUCAACCGCGUUCUCAAUGAACUACUCGACUGUCUUCAAGACGUUGGCCUCGCCACAGUCGCCGCGAGCUGCCUCCGCUCGAUCCUGCUCAAGUCCGGCCCUCGCUACAUGACGGACGACGUGAUCUCUCGUUACCUCAUUCCGCGACUCAUCGCUUUCUAUGUCGGAUGUCCAACCGACAGCGGAGAUGUUCCCAGCGACCCCGAGCACUCGCGCGUAGUCAUCGCCCGCACGCUCGUGUCAUGCGUGAGCAAUGGUACCUUCUCUCCCGCAGAGAUGCCUACUGCUACUUCACUCGUCAUGUCCGCCCUACUGGCCCGCGCCAAGCGGGAGGGACGGGCAGUUCACCAGGAGUCCGCUGGCCAUCUUCUCGAACUUGCUAAGGCCAACCAGCUCACGUUCCGAACCUUGGUGGCGAAUAUGGGCGCGGAGCAGAAAUCGCUUCUGGAAGAGGUCCUUCGGAGUGCGGGUGUGGGUGCGGGAGUCGCCAAGACUAGUGAAACAGCAGAUAACAUACCACAAGCUGCGCCCAGUAUUGCCCUACGCAUGGAUUUUUAG